AUGGUGUCUCCACCCUUGACCCCGACCUCCGUGAGGUCCCGUCGACGACUACGGGACCACGACACCGGCUUCCCCGAAACUCUAGGAGGAUGCCUCACAACAAACCUCCCUCAUCCCGACGCCGACCUCUCCCCCAACGCUUGCAUCACGUGCGACACCAUCGGAUCCGAGCAGGCCGACAUCCGCCGCCAGCAGUCCAUGCUAUCCAAGCACCGCCGCACCGUCAGCCAGGGCUCGACGAACACGCAGACCUCGGCGGCAAGCCAGCAGCUCGUCCACGGCGUCCUUCCUCUCAUCUCCGGCAUGAUCCCCAGUGCCGCCUGCCCGCCCGCCAGCGACGAGACCGUCAACUCCUCCGAGGGCCGGACCAGUGCGGGAGACGGUGGCUUCAGCCUCAGUGUCCCUUCCUCGGGAUACAACAACGACGGACGCCCCAUGACUUCUGGCUCGAUCAUGUCCGACACUUCCAAGACCAGCAAGGGAGAGAAGGAAGAUGCCGAAGCUACAGCCUAG